AUGGCGGACCGGAAAGUUCUUGUGAAGUAUUACCCGCCUGAUUUCGACUUUGACAAGUUACAGGCCAAGAAGAAAGCACUGCGAAUCCAUCAGCAGCAGCUAAAGAGGCGCAGAGGAGAUGUCUUCGACCCUCCCCAGAAAAAACAUAGAAACAAAAUUAUGAACGUCCGCAUGAUGUACCCUUUCACCCUCAAAUGCGGAACUUGCAGCGAAUUCGUUUACGUCGGAACCAAAUUCAACUCCAGAGUCGAGAAGGUCGAGGGCGAAGAUUAUCUGGGGAUAGUUAAAUGGAGGUUUUACGGUCGCUGUCCGCAUUGCCGCGGCGAAAUUUGUUUCAAGACAGACCCGCAGAACUGCGAUUACGUCUUGGAGUGGGGCGGCACGAGGAUGUGCGACCCGUUGCGUGAUCAGGCCUUGGCUGAGGAACGCAUGCAAAAGGAGGAGAGAGAGAUUUUGGCGCUCGAACAGCUGGCGGAGCUGCGGCGUCUCAAUCGCCGUCUGCUGGACAAGACAGCAGCAUCAGAUGCUGCUUUGGCCUUUCUUAAGGAGCGAAGCAUCAAGGAAGAUGAGGACGAUGCAGCAGCAAAAGCACAAGAGUGGACUGAAAAAGAAAAAGAUGAACUGCGGUAUUUCAAAGCCGCAAGGGAAUUCGACUCAGACCCCCGUGUUUCUUUUUUUUCCCUGUCUUUUCUCCUAACUGCAGAAUCCUCAGAGGAGGAAAUUGUCGAAAGACAGGACCACGAGCCUGCAGAGAAAGAGGCGUCAGAAGCGGGCACAGAUGCCAACUCAUCUACGAGCGGCAGCAGCAGCGGCUGCAGCAGUAGCAGCAGUAGCAGCAGCAGUAGCAGCAGCAGUAGCAGCAGCAGUAGCAGCAGCAGCAGCAGCAGUAGUAGCAGCAGGAGCAGCAGCAGUAGCAGCAGCAGCAGCAGCAGCGGGCAUGUGGAUAGACGAGCGAGCACCAGCAGCUCUAGCACUACCAGCACGGUUAAAUCAUCGCGCAGCGGUGGCAGCGUGGGUGACGGUGGCUUUGGUUUGAGGGGUAUUUCUUCAGGGGGGUUGAGUGCUUUUGAUAGCAAAGACAAAUCCGUAGACUUCGGCUUAGGGGUUCGCGUGGCAGCGCCAAAGCUGCUCGUUGUAAAGAAGCCGCAGCCCGAGACCUCUGGGGACUGCUCUUCUCUUUUAGGAGAUUACAACUCCUCUAGCGGUGAUGAUGGGGAGGGGUGA